UUCCCUCCUUUCAUUGCCUUGUCUCCAUUUUUUCUUUCUUUUUUCUCUUUUUCGAACAUGUUUCGUCCCCCACCGCUCAUGUUUCUGUGAUUCUCUUCAGCCGCUUUUUUUCUUUGAUCUGGCGCGAGAAAGUUAGGGCUCAAGAUGAUUGUCCCGUGAGAGGAAAAUUUGUCUUCGCUUUCAUUGAUUAGUGAUUCGGAAACGAAGAACAAUUCGUUUUUGGUUGUGGACGGAUGUGCUCCACCGGCGUUCCAUGGCGUUGCCGGCGACUACUCAUCUCAGCAUCUCCGCCUCUUCCUCUCUCUGCCAUUCCAAGAGAUCAUCUCUGAGGCUCAGUACGAAUCCAACAAAACUUAUUUCUAGCUCAACCCGGGAGAGAAGAUCUUAUUCCCUGAAGGCUGUCCAGUCAGUUCUAAAUACCUCCAAGUCAAAUUUAAACGACAAUGGGGCAAGUGAACAAGCAAAACUGCUUCUGGAGAGAUUGUUUGCCCAGACACAGAGAUUGGAAGAACAUGUAAACAAAGAUCCUCACUUCCCACAAGAUGUUUGGCUAGGGCUCAGUCUUGAAAAUCUCGAGUCUGAUCUUCUGGCUGCAUUGGCAGUGUUAAAGAAGAAGGAAGAAGAUCUACAAGAUGCAGAAAGAACGGUUCUAUUAGAACGAAGCCAGUUAAACCAUGCAAAGGAGAAGUUGGAGAAGCAGGAGGAAGAAAUUGCUGUUGCUCAUCAUAAACAGAAAGAAUUAGAAGAUGAGAUGAAGCAGGCGAACUUAAACUUAGCUUCUCAAGCUAGGCAAAUAGAAGAGUUAAAGCUUCAGAUUAAGGAGAAGGAUGAGGGGAUCGCUGCCGCUGAAUCUACCAUUUCUUUUAAAGAAUAUGAGUUGAAUAAAAUGAGAGCUGAUUUGUUUAGGAAGAGCGAGGAAGCUGUUAAGACCAAUUAUGAACUUAAAUCCAAGUCCCAGCUUUUGAAUGAAGCCAAUGAAGUUGUAAAGAGACAGGAAGUUGAGAUACAAAAGCUUAGAAACGCUGUGCUAGAGAAAGAAGAAGAACUGGUAGUCUCCAUAAAGCUGCGUAUACUUGAAGAGGAGAAAUUAAAAAUUGCAGAGAAAAAUUUGGAGAAGCAAACCAUGGAAUGGUUGUUAGCACAGGAAGAAUUAAAAAAAUUGACAGAAGAAGUAUCUAAGAAAGCAGUAGAGAUGAAUGAAACUAUGGGUGACUUCAGUCGGGUGAAGAAGCUUCUUGUCGAUGUUAGAAGUGAGUUGGUUUCUUCUCAGACGUCUCUUAUGUCCUCUAGAAAGAGAAUGGAAGAACAAGAAGGUCUUCUUGAGAAGCAAUUGGCAGAACUUGAAGAACAGAAGAAGAGUAUCAAUGCAUAUAUGUCAAGUUUAAAAGAUGCUCAAAUUGAAGUAGAGAGUGAGAGAGUGAAGCUUAGGGUCACAGAGGCUCAGAACAAGGAGCUUGAACGUGACUUGUUAAUGGAAAAGGAGCUUACAGAUGGGUUACAGCAACAACUGAAGAAAGAGAAAUCCUAUCUUCAGCAAGCAACUGAGGAGAAGUCAGUUCUACAGAAGGAUCUAGAGCAUAAAAAUAUUGAGUUUGAGAAAACUCACAAUCUCCUUCAAGGUAAAGAAUCGGAGUUGGUUGAAGCCAAGUUAGAAAUCCAGCAUUUGAAGUCUGAACAGGUUUCUCUUCAACUUCUUUUGGAGGAGAAAGACUUGGAAAUUCUUGAUGCGCAGAAGAAUCUUGAGAAAUUAAACCAGGAAAUAGUUGAGCUACAAAUGCAUAUGAGGAGUAAAGAGGCCCAGCUCAGUCAGACAACUGCUAUGCUGAAAGAGAAAGAUGAAUGUGUUGAGACAAUGCAGAACGAAUUAAAUGAUACAAAGCUGAAAAUUUCUGAAGCUGAAGCUGUGGUAGAACAGAUUGUGGAUCUCACAAAUAAAUUGGUGAUCUCAAUCAAUGAUAGCGAUGAUGAUGUUUUGAAAUUGAAUGAUGACCUUAGCAACAAUCUACAACAGCAAUCAUUCGAGAAACCUACUGAUAAUAUGAGGUUGCAGAAUAAACAGCUUGAAACUGAGCUAGAGCUCACCAAGGAAAGCUUAAGACAAAAAGAAAUGGAAAUUCUUGCCGCACAAAGGGCCCUGACUGUUAAAGACGAGGAGCUAAAAACAAUUCUUGAAAGAUUGGAUACAAGGGGAAAAGAGUUUGAGAAGCUGAAGGAAGAAACGGAUAAAGAAGCUAAGGAUCUCAGAAGUCUCUACGCUUUGGCACAAGACAGCAUUGGAGAAGGUGACUUGGCAAUUGAGAAGCUUCAGUUCGAGGCUGCUCAACUAGAGGUUGAAGCAGCAACUAGCGCUCUUCAGAAACUUACAGACAUGAGCCGAGAGCUUCUGAAUCGAUCUGGCCACAGCCUGGAGGUUGAUAUUGAUUCAAGAAGCAUUAAGCAUGGUGACAUCGGUUCCAGGAUAGGCAUCCUCGGUAACAACCAAAGAUUCAAUGAAGUCAAGUUGGAAGUUUCCCGUCUUUCGUCUCUGACUGAACAGCUCGUGAAGGAGGCUGGUAUACAUUUUGGUGCAGAUCAAUAGAAGAGGUUACUGGGACGAAUAAGGGAGGCGUUUGUAUAUAUUCCUUGCUUUUGACAUUAUUUUUCAUCCCAAAAGGGGCACUAUAGUUGGUCUGUACCUUGUAGAAGCAGUCUUGCUGCCGUUCAAAAGGCGGAACGCGGGACCUGUAUAAAUUUGUUGCACGAGUCAUUUGAUUGUGCUCUCAUUGCUUGGUCGAGUAGCUUAGUCAAAAUAUUCCAAAUGAUACAUCUUCAGUUGCGUGUACGUUAUCUUUAAACUGGGUUGAUACUUUCAAUUGGAUUUUGAUAUUUGUGUUCCACCUCAGUGGUUCUCCUUCA